CAGUUCCACAGUCCCAGCCUCGGAGGUCUCGAGGUUGAGGAAAAUGCUGAUGGAGUGGGGAGAUGGUUUUGGGUUAUUGCUGAACUUGGGAGGCUCCUUCAGCUCCACCUACCAAAAAUGGAUGGGGUUGAACCUUGAUUUUUAGAUCAUGGGCAGAUGCUGCCAGAUGAGCUCGUAGCAUCCCUGCUUACUGUGAUUUUGGUCACAAAGGAGACACAAGCUUUACCGGGAGGAGCAGAACCUGACCUCCCCGGCGGCCCCGCUGCCGCUGAGGCCCGAGGCCAGCUGGCUGCAGUUCCACCUGGGCAUCAGCCGCGAUGGGCUCUACCCCCGCUCCAGCCCUGCCGUCAGCAGCCUGCUCCGGGACAUGCAGGAAUUCCCCACCAUCAGCGCCGACUACAGCCAGGACGAGAAGGCGCUGCUGGGAGCCUGUGACUGCAGCCAGAUCGUGAAGCCCAGCGGUGUUCACCUGAAGCUGGUCCUCAGGUUCCAGGAUUUUGGGAAAGCCAUGUUCAAGCCCAUGAGGCAGAAACGCGAGGAGGAGACUCCUGAGGACUUUUUCUACUUUGUGGAUUUCCAGCGGCACAACGCGGAGAUCGCCGCCUUCCACCUGGACAGGAUCCUGGAUUUCCGGAGGGUGCCACCCACCGUGGGGAGGUUGAUCAAUGUCACCAAGGAGAUCCUGGAGGUCACCAAGAACGAGGUGCUGCAGAGCGUCUUCUUCGUGUCACCAGCCAGCAACGUCUGCUUCUUCGCCAAGUGCCCGUACAUGUGCAAGACGGAGUACGCGGUGUGUGGGAACCCUCACCUCCUGGAGGGCUCCCUCUCUGCCUUCCUGCCUUCCCUCAACCUGGCCCCACGCCUCUCCAUCCCCAACCCGUGGAUCCGCUCCUACUCCUUCCAUGGAAAAGAGGAGUGGGAAUUGAAUCCUCUCUACUGCAACACAGUGAGGGAGAUCUACCCCUACAGCAACAGCAACCGGCUGCUCAACAUCGUGGACAUGGCCAUAUUCGACUUCCUAAUAGGGAACAUGGACCGGCACCACUACGAGAUGUUCACCAAGUUUGGGGACGAUGGUUUCCUGCUGCACCUGGACAACGCCAGAGGGUUUGGGCGGCAUUCCCACGAUGAAAUCUCCAUCCUGGCUCCGCUCUCCCAGUGCUGUGUAAUAAAGAGAACGACGUUGCUGCGCCUGCAGCUCUUGGCGGAGCCCGAGUACCGGCUGAGCGACGUGAUGAGGGAAUCGCUCCUGCAGGACCCCCUGGCCCCUGUGCUCACCGAGCCACAUCUCCUGGCCCUGGACAGGCGGCUACAGCUGGUCCUGGCUGCUGUGGGGACAUGCAUCGACACCUUUGGAGAAGCCACGGUGGUGGCCAACGACACGGCGCAGCCCCAGAGCCCUGCGGCACACAGAGCCAAGCUGGACACUUAAACCGAGCUCAGAGCCAGGGAAAACCCUGCAAGGCAAGUGGCAGCUUCAGAACUGCUCAUUUCCACCUGCAGGCGCUUGGGAGACUCAGAGGGGACAUGUCAGAAGAUCAAGGAUCCCGCUGGGCUCCUCUGCUGGUGUUUGACCAGAGCUCCCGUGCUCGGCCGGGGUGCUGGUGUGACUGCAGCAGAUCUUUACACCCCAAACACGGCUCUGGGGUGAAAAAGCUGUGAUCUCCACACCUUGGAGGGUGAGGGAACACCUGACCUUGGUUUGCUCAACCUCCACAGGGGCUUGGUCUUGCUGGAGAAAGACAUGAACUCGACCUGAGGAUGAGGGUGGAAUAAAGAGAUGCCAAGAGCAUUUUCCUCUUAUGAA